GUGGAAUCUGUGUGCAAGCUUGCAUUUUGGGACCCACUUGUCUCCUGAAAGAUCACCAGAAAAAAAUCCACAGCACGCAGACGACUGGUCCGCAAUAGAUUUGGAGACAAAAUGUCAAACAAAUGUGUCAUUAUAAUUCAUAUCCUGGGUUGGAUUGUCAUAGAUGCACACAAAAUCACUGUAACAUCGGGUAUGAGACGUAUAUGGUCAGUUCCAUGCAGGACCUUCUUACCUCCUCCUCCACCUCCUCCUUUUCCUCCAUCAACGCAAAAAUCUAUGCUCAUGGUUGAUAUAACUGAACACAUUAUAGGGAAAAAAGGUGAAAAGGGAUGCAGAGGACCCAAUGGACGUAAGGGACAGCCAGGUUCCAUUGGUCAAGAGGGGAAACCAGGGAUGUCUGGAAUAAUGGGUCCCUUAGGCGAACAGGGAGAAAAGGGGGACAGAGGCUGGCGAGGCUUGUUUGGUGACAUGGGAACACCAGGAGUACAUGGGGGUCGUCCCGGACGCAGUGGAUCCAAAGGUGAAAAUGGAUUGAAAGGAGUCCAAGGAUCUUCGGGAGAAAAUGGAUACCCUGGAAGUGGUGGUAUCCCUGGGCUAAAGGGGGAUCCAGGGCUGAAAAGAAUGAAAGGCUUGCGGGGACCGGAUGGACAAAGGGGAGUCCCUGGACAGAGAGGGACUAUGGGAACAAAGGGUUAUCGCGGUCCACCAGGGCCUCAAGGAUUCAUGGGGACAAUGGGACUGCCAGGGUCUACUGGGUCACCAGGUGCACCAGGACAAGUGUAUGCAAUUCCAGGAAUUAGAGGAGCGAGGGGUGAAAGUGGUCCUGAAGGCCAUUGUAAUUGUUCAUUACCUAAACAACUACCCAAACGCAAAUAUAAGAAGGUUUCACUUGUAAGUAUGAGAGUAAUGUCACAAUACAUUUCCUAA